AGGGGAGCGAGCAGGUGUAGGAAAGGGGGAGAGGGAAAUGCUCCUUCCCUCUUCCUCCCCACACCUGGCUGUGGGGCGGAAGGGAACCGCUGAGCUCCGGCAGCACCAGCCCCUGGAGCACCGGCAGUCAGGGGCCGAUCACAGCCCAUUCCCGCGGGGUUCCCCCCAGCAGCCCCGGCCCAGGGCGCGGGCAGCUGGCUCCGGCAUCCACGCUCCUGUUUAAUUUCCCCCUUUCACAAGCCAGUAAGGACCCAGCGCCCCCUCCCCUGUGCCCCAGCCCGGGAGCGGGGCCGGGCAGGUCCCACCCCGGCUGCAGAGCCGCUGACCGCCCCCAGGGCCGGGCCCCGCCACUCUGCGCCCCGCGGCCGGUUCGGGGCGGUGCGGGCAGCGCCGGCCGGCUCCUGCCCUGCGGGGGCGGCCCCCUGGCACCGCCGCGCUGCUGCCCGCCCCCAUCGGGGCGGUCGGGGGCUCCGCGCAGCGCAGCGCCGGGCUGGGCAGGGAGCACGGAGCCGCCUGCCCCUGGGCUCCGGCGACCAGUGCCCGAGGGAUUCGCCAUGGCCAACGCCGGCUUGCAGCUGCUGGGGUAUUUCCUGGCGCUGGGCGGCUGGGUCGGCACCAUCUGCAGCGCGGCGCUGCCCCAGUGGAAGCAGAGCUCGUACGCGGGGGACGCGAUCAUCACGGCCGUGGGGCUGUACGAGGGGCUGUGGAUGAGCUGCGCCUCGCAGAGCACGGGCCAGGUCCAGUGCAAGCUGCACGACUCGCUGCUAUCGCUGGACGUUCACCUCCAGACCUCCCGGGCACUCAUGGUGGUUUCUAUCCUCAUGGGCUUUGUGGGGGUCAUUGUCAGCGUGGUGGGAAUGAAAUGUACCAAAGUGGGGGACGAGAACCCUGUUGUCAAAGGCCGGAUUGCUAUGGCCGGUGGCGUCCUCUUCCUCAUAGCAGGUCUGUGCACCUUAACAGCUGUGUCAUGGUAUGCAACACAGGUGACCUAUGAAUUCUUCAACCCCAACACUCCAGUUAAUGCCCGGUAUGAAUUUGGUUCUGCCUUGUUUGUUGGCUGGGCGGCUGCCAGCCUGACCAUGCUGGGGGGCUCCUUCCUGAGCUGCUCCUGCCCCACCCCCACCGAGGAGAGGAGAGGACAGCAGCACUAUAGGCAGUCACAGCCUUCAACAGCUAGGGAACCCAAUGUAAAAAUGUCUUCUUCACCCAUCAGGGGAGAGCAGUGUUUAUAGUCUGUCUUCACCCAUCAGGGGAGAGCAGUGGUUGUUUGUCUGAACCCAGCUUAUUGUGUUUCCUUCAAAAAAGUCCAAAAAUGUAAAUGAAACUACUAGAGCAAUGAUUUAAAAAGAAACCUGUGAUACAUUUUCUGAAAGAUCUUUUUAUACAAAGAGUACAAGAAUGUUUUUAUUCUUUUAAUUUAAAAUUGUAUUAACUUUUCUAUGGUCCAAAAUAUACUCAAGGGGAAUUAUACAGUUUUGAAUUUCAAAUGUCUUUUGAUUGUUUAUACUAAAAAUCACAACUCAAAGGUUAAUAAAAUAUUUUUGGUCUUUGCCAUCUUUCUAAA